AAACCAUGUUUAAGAAAAGAAAUUUAAUGGCCCACUGCCAGAAACUCUCCAGUAAAUGUGAAGAUUUUGCUUGUACUUGCAGAAACGUGUGGUUUAGACCUGCGAUAAGGCUUGGAUGACAUUUACUGUCUGAGAUGAAGUUCUGAAACCUUCAGAAACCUUUGAAAUUCUGCGCUAUUGUUUCUAAUAAUUUAUUUCUCUUGGGCUGAUCCCAGCAUGACAGUGAAGUGCCAAAGGCUCAGGCGGGCUUUCUCAGGACCAAACCAGCACCUCUUACCGACAAGUCACUUUGCCUUGGCUAGAAGCCAGAUCGGCGUGCGCAGGCUGAUGCCGACAGAUCUCCAUUUGCUCUGCACGACUAGGGCAGUUUUAUUCGCAAUUAUUUAGGCGCUGCUUUACCUGACUGUGAGGGAGCUCUCCGGGAGCACGGUUCGGCAGAGCAGCCCUUCCAGCUGCCCAGCCCGGGGGCUCCGGUAGCCGGCAAGGGCUGUGGGUCCGUGUCCCCCGGGCUCAGCGCUUUCGGGGCGGAGCGGCCCGGGUCCCGUGGCGGGGCGAGCGGGCGGCGGUACCGGGGGAAGGAGGGGGCUGGCGUCAGGAGCUGGGCAGCCACUGCCGCGGGAGCUCCCCCGCGCCUCGCCUCGCCUCCCGCGGCCGCGGGGGGAUAAAGGCACCUGGCCCGGCUCUCCGGGCCACCGGAGCGGGAAAGGCGGGCGAGAGGACGUGCGGGGGCCGUGCCCCACCGCGCAGCCCCCUCCAUGCGCCUCGCCGGCGGCUCCGGCUCGCCCCGGGCUGUGCCCUCUCCCGGGAAUGGCAGCCGGUGGCGGGCGGCGGAGCCCGGCGGCGGCAGCAGCCCCAGUCCCGAGGCGUGGUCGGGGUCGCCGAACGGCAGCCUGGGCGGCUGGGACCCCUUCGGGCGGGACGAGGAGCUAGCGAAGCUGGAGAUCGCGGUGCUGGCCGUCACCUUCGCGGUGGCGGUGGUGGGGAACGGCAGCGUGCUGCUGGCCCUGCGGCGCACACCGCGCAAGGCGUCCCGCAUGCACCUCUUCAUCCGCCACCUCAGCCUGGCCGACCUGGUGGUGGCCUUCUUCCAGGUGCUGCCCCAGCUCUGCUGGGAGGUGACCCACCGCUUCCACGGCCCCGACGGGCUGUGCCGCGUCGUCAAGCACCUGCAGGUCUUCGGCAUGUUCGCCUCGGCGUACAUGCUGGUGGCCAUGACCGCCGACCGCUACAUCGCCGUGUGCCACCCGCUGAAGACGCUGCAGCAGCCCACCAAGCGCUCGUACGGGAUGAUCGCGGCUGCCUGGGCGCUCAGCCUGCUGCUCAGCACCCCGCAGUAUUUCAUCUUCUCUCUCAGCGAAGUGGAGCGCGGCUCUCAGGUCUACGACUGCUGGGCGCACUUCAUCAUGCCCUGGGGGCCCCGCGCCUACAUCACUUGGAUCACCGGCGGCAUCUUCAUCGCGCCCGUCCUCAUCCUCAUCAUCUGCUACGGCUUCAUCUGCUACCGCAUCUGGCGCAACGUCCGGGGCAAGACGCGCCCGGGGGAGGCGGCGGCAGCGGCUGCCGGCCGGCGGGCAGGUGAUGAUGCUGGCCCGCGACGGGGGCUGCUGCUCGCCCCUUGUGUCAGCAACGUCAAAACCAUCUCCCGCGCCAAGAUCCGCACCGUCAAGAUGACCUUCGUCAUCGUCUCGGUGUACGUCGUUUGCUGGGCGCCCUUCUUCACCAUCCAGAUGUGGUCCGUCUGGGACCAGCGCUUCCCCUGGGUCGAUUCUGAAAACACUGCGACUACUGUUACAGCUCUGCUGGCCAGCCUGAACAGUUGCUGUAACCCGUGGAUCUACAUGUUCUUCAGUGGGCACCUCCUCCAAGACUGCCUACAGAGCUUCCCUUGCUGCCAAAAAAUAAAGCUAACACUGAGUAAAGAAGAUUCAAACAGCAAUAGCAGGCGACAGACUUCUUUCACCAACAACAGAAGCCCAACCCACAGCUUAAACACGUGGAGAGAGAUGCCCCACUCCAAAUCGACCAGCUUCAUCCCCAUUCCAACGUGAGACAGGCCUCAGGGCAGGCAGGGCUUGCAGUCCCAUCGCGGUGUUUGGGAAGGUUGUGGCAUUGCACUUUAUGCCAGGACAGGGCACCAUCACGGUACCAAGGAAUGACUAAGAUGGCCCUGAGACAGAAAGUGCCACCUUGCUUGAUAAGCUAUGCUGCAGAAUGUAAAUUAUUUUCUGAAAGUUAUUUAGGAUUUGGGCAACUGAUCAGGAAGGUGUGACAACAAUAAAGCAAUUAUUUUUUAAAAUAGAAUUUAUUUUAAUUUUUUGUCUGUUUCUAAAAUACUAAGUGAAUUGUUUGUUUGCUGUUUAAAGCAGCAAAAAUAAUGGAGUUGUCAUCUCUUGCAGUAACUCCACUCUCUAGUGUUAAUGCAUAAGGCUUCUCAUGAUUGUCUGACGAAGUCACGGGGAAAAAAGACAAUAUGAGCAAGAUUACAGUUUAGUCUCAAACAUUAAAAGAAAGGAGUGGGGGAAAAGUCUUGGCUGUCCAG